AUGGUCGAGGACAAUAACAGUGCAAAGUGCCAGUUCGGAGCGUGGACAACACCGUCCAACGAUCAAAGUCAAAAGCUGCUAAAGGUCGACCAAAGCGAUGUGAAAGUAUUUUACGAGAAAAAUAAGCACAAAAAGUACGUCAAGAGACAAUGUUCCUUCAAAGCUUCUGCAAAAGUUGAUACAUGGUUUGACAAAUCUAAACUAAGUUUAGAAACUGUGUGCAGACUGAGUGCAUAUUUUAUUAUGUUGAGGCCUCCACGACAUCAUUUCCUAUGCACCGAACUUCAAUUAUCCGAGCCUACUGUAGUAGACUGGAUUUCCUUUUGCCGAGAAGUUUGCAUCGAUUGGUCCAAAACAAAUUCCACCAUCCCGAGAGGACCGAACACAAUUGUGGAAAUAGAUGAAGCAAAAAUCGGCAAGAGGAAAUAUAAUCGCGGCCGGAUAAUUGAUGGCAAAUGGAUCUUCGGUGGAAUAGAGCGAAAUACAAGGAAAAUAUUCCUUGUACCAGUUCGCGAUCGCACGAAAGAAACACUGCUGCAAGUCAUCAAGCAGUGGAUCCGGCCUGGGACGACAGUGAUGUCAGAUUGUUGGAAGUCCUAUAACUGUUUAAACAGUGAGGACUUCCAACAUCUGACAGUUAAUCACUCAAUGAACUUUGUCGACCCAGAUACCGGAGCCCACACACAGAGUAUUGAACGUGUUUGGAGAGAAGUUCGGGCAAAUAUCCCACGAUACGGAACUCGCACUUCACAUCUAAUGGGAUAUUUGGCUGAAUAUCUCUUCAAACGCGUUCAUCCUUACGAAGACCGGAUAAGCAGUUUCUUCCGUGCAAUUGCCGAGCUCUAUCCAUCGAAGAUCAUGGAGGAAGAUGUCACGGAGACCUCAACAUCUGCCUCAACAUCUAAAUAA